GCGGUCUGGUCUGCACUUUGCAAAGGCUCUCACAUUCACAUCACAUGCCCGCUGAUGCUUCGCGUCUCCUACUCCCUCCUGCUUCCACUUAUUAAUCCGCCGCUCUCUGCCUUCCCCCUCCACCCGCCUCUCCCGGCGCGAGAUCCGUCUGCGCUUCCAGAAGCUUCUGGAACGCCCGUCCGAUGAGCGUCUGAUCGGCCGUCGCCAUGGGCUGCGCUGGAUCCACUCCCAAAGUCGAUGAGAACAGUAAGAAGCUGAAAAAGCCUAAGGCUUGGAAGCACACUCAACCAAUUACAUCAGCACAACUCAAACAGAUGCGUGAUGAAUUCUGGGAUACGGCUCCGCAUUAUGGUGGCCAAAAAGAGAUAUGGGAUGCUCUUAAAGUUGCUGCAGAAUCUGAUUUAGCCCUUGCCCAAACCAUAGUGGACAGUGCUGGGAUCAUCGUUUCGAACCCUGACAUGACACUUUGCUACGACGAGAGAGGUGCCAAGUAUGAACUGCCGAAAUAUGUUUUGAGCGAACCAACUAAUUUGAUCCGCGACGGUUGAAUCUUGAAUGAAGACUUAGAAGACAAACAGAGGGCCACGUGAAUUAUGUUAAAAUGUUCAUCUGGUCGCUGGCUCUGAUUGCAACUUUUGGGGUCAACGACCUCAUUUUAGCCACUGUAAAGUAAUUCUUCUUGGGCCUUGUUUAGUUGCCGGGUGUAAAGUUUUUGAAAGAGAAUAUUUCUAUAUUUGAAGUACUAAAUAUAGACUAAUCACAAAACUAAUUACAGAACUCGUCUGUAAAUCGCGAGACGAAUCUAAUGAGACUAAUUAAUCCGG